AUGGCAUCUUCUAUAAAAAGCAAUACUGGCGUCAAUGAAAAGCGUGUUAGAGCAAAAGUUCAUCCAUUUAGAAGAAACCAAAAGGUUGGAAAGGGGAUCACAGAGGUGAAGUUUCACGACGCAACUGAAGAUGAAGAUAACGAUGUUCGCACAUAUGAAGUUCAUGCCAAACGUGACUUGAAGAUCAAAGCCAAAAAACUACUAGGAGUUAGACAAAGCUUACCAGUGUACCAAAAUAAAGAACUUAUAAUGAAAAAUCUGAUUCAAAACCCUGUCACCUUACUUAUUGGUGAAACUGGUUCUGGUAAAUCUACUCAAAUACCGCAAUUCUUGUUGGAUUAUUUAUACUCUACGAAACAACAUGGUUCUAUAGCAGUGACCCAACCAAGAAGAGUGGCUGCUAUAAAUUUGGCUACUCGUGUGGCUAGUGAAUAUGGAUGUAAUGUUGGACAACAAAUUGGUUAUUCAGUUAGAUUUGAUAACACAACAUCCGCAAAGACAAGACUUAAAUAUCUGACUGAUGGUAUGUUGCUAAGAGAAUUAAUGAUGAAUAAAACACUAAAGGAAUAUAGCGUGAUUAUUAUUGAUGAAGCUCAUGAAAGAACUGUCCUAACAGAUUUAAUACUAGGGUUUUUGAAAGCUUUGAUAGAAAGUUCUCGACCAGAUUUGAAAAUUAUAGUUAUGUCAGCCACAUUGCAGGCAGAGAGAUUCAGUACAUUUUUCAACAAUGCCCCAGUGAUAUUUGUUGAAGGUAGAAAAUUUGAUGUUUCCCAAUAUUAUUUAACUGCUCCCUCUGAUGAUAUUGUUGAUAGUAUUAUUAGAACUGUUGUUCAAUUAAACCAAGGUGAACCAUUAGGUGAUAUAUUAUGUUUCUUACCUGGUCAAGAGGAGAUUGACAAAGCUGUUAUAAUCAUGGAAAAAAUAAGUGCUAUUAUACACAAGGAAAACUCUGUUCCAUUAAUGAUCCCAUUACCGUUAUAUGCUGCUCUACCACCUGCAAAACAGGCUGUUGUUUUUGCUCCUAUUAAAGGAUUUAAGAGAAAAGUAAUUUUUAGUACCAACAUUGCAGAAACAUCUGUUACUGUGUCUGGUGUGAAAUAUGUUGUGGAUUCAGGAUUACGGAAGGUGAAAGUAUGGAGACAUCAAUUGGGUCUGGCAACUUUACUGACAGUUCCAAUAUCUCAGGCGAGUGCUGAACAAAGAAGUGGUCGUGCUGGUAGAGAAUCUGAAGGUAAAUGUUAUAGAAUAUUUUGUGAGAAGGAUUUUGAAAAAUUGCCAACUCAAACUGAACCUGAAAUUGCAAGAAGCGAUAUAACAUCACCAGUACUAAUGCUUAAAAGAUAUGGUGUUAAAGAUAUUGUCAAUUGGACUUGGUUUGAAUAUCCUGGUAAAGAGGCCUUGGUGAUGGCGUUACAAGAAUUAUAUCAAUUAGGUGCGCUUGACGAUUUUGGUAAUAUUACCAAGAAGGGUGAGCAGAUGGCUCUGUUACCUGUUCAACCUCAUUUGAGUAGUGUUUUAAUUCAAGCCAAUGAAUCCAACUGUGUCGAAGAUGUCAUUGACAUUGUAUCCUGUCUGAGUGUAGAGAACUUGUUAAUGAACCCGAAUCCUGAACAAAGAGAUGAAGUCAAUGAACGUCGUCUGAUGUUAUGUAAUGGUGGUAAAAAAUAUGGUGAUCUGAUUAUGAUGAAAGAGCUAUUUGACGUAUACUUUUACGAGCUUGGAAAGGGAUCCUCAUCAGCUUCCGAAAGGCAAUCUUGGUGCAAAGAGUUAUGUUUGUCAUAUCGUGGAUUUAAAAAUGUUGUGAAGAUCAGAAAUCAGCUACGAAUGUACUGUAUGAGAAUAUUUCAAUCAAAGGGGUUAAAUGCGACAAAUGAAGAUGAUGAAUUAGGAGAAAGUAUUAGUCAAAACAGUGAACAAAUAGCAAAGGUACUGAAAUGUUUCUUAGUUGGGUUCGCUAAAAAUACAGCUAUCGGUAUGCCCGAUAGGUCAUACCGGACAGUUAAUACAGGUGAACCAAUUAGUGUCCAUCCUUCGUCCAUGUUAUUUUUAAACAAAUCGUGUCCAAGUAUUAUGUAUGUUGAAUAUGUGUUCACCACAAAGGGUUACGCCAGAAACGUAAGUAGAAUCGAAUUAGAAUGGCUCCAAGAUGUGAUAGUAAAUGGAACUGCAGUAACUAAAAAAAAAGCAGGCUUAUAG